CCCCUCUUUCCACUCAACAAUGAGGCUUUGAGUCCACUGCAGGGGACUGCUAGGGAUCGCCCGUGACGGAGGGUUAGACCGGACAGGUGGAGUCAUGCUUCACACAGCUGUAUCUUGCUGGCAGCCAUUCCUAGGUCUGGCUGUACUGCUAGUCUUCAUGGGGCCCACCUUUGGCUGCCCAGCCCGCUGUGAAUGCUCAGCACAGAACAAGUCCGUCAGCUGCCACCGGAGGCGCCUGCUGUCCAUCCCAGAGGGUAUUCCCAUUGAAACCAAAAUCUUGGACCUCAGCAAGAACCGACUGAAGAGCGUCAACCCCGAGGAAUUCAUGUCAUACCCCUUGCUGGAGGAGAUUGACCUCAGUGACAAUAUAAUCGCCAACGUGGAGCCUGGAGCCUUUAACAAUCUCUUCAACUUGCGCUCCCUGAGGCUGAAAGGAAAUCGUCUGAAGCUGGUCCCCCUCGGGGUGUUCACUGGGUUGUCAAACUUAACAAAGCUUGAUAUAAGUGAAAACAAGAUUGUCAUUUUGCUGGACUACAUGUUCCAAGAUUUGCAUAACCUAAAAUCCCUGGAGGUUGGGGACAAUGAUUUAGUUUAUAUAUCACAUAGGGCCUUUAGUGGACUGCUUAGCCUGGAGCAGCUCACCCUGGAGAGAUGCAACCUCACAGCUGUACCAACAGAAGCUCUUUCCCACCUCCACAACCUCAUCAGUCUUCAUUUGAAACAGCUCAACAUCAACGCUUUGCCUGCGUAUGCCUUUAAAAGAUUGUUUCGCCUGAAAGACCUGGAGAUAGACUCCUGGCCACUCCUGGACAUGCUGCCUGCCAACAGCCUGUACGGUCUCAACCUGACUUCUCUCUCCAUCACCAACACCAACCUGUCUGCAGUACCUUACACUGCUUUUAAACAUCUGGUUUAUCUGACACAUCUAAACUUGUCCUUCAACCCCAUCAGCACCAUUGAGGCAGGCAUGCUUUCGGAUUUGGUACGUCUGCAGGAACUCCACAUGGUGGGUGCCCAGUUACGUACCAUCGAACCACAUGCUUUCCAAGGGCUCCGAUUCUUACGUGUGCUUAAUGUGUCCCAAAACCUGCUAGAAACCCUAGAAGAGAAUGUAUUUCAUUCCCCCAAAGCCCUUGAGAUCCUCUGCAUUAACAACAAUCCUCUGGCCUGUGACUGCCGUCUCCUUUGGAUUUUACAGAGGCAGCCCACUUUGCAGUUUGGAGGCCAACCACCAAUGUGUGCUGGCCCGGACAGUGUCAAGGAGAGGUCAUUCAAAGAUUUUCACAGCACAGCCCUCUCCUUUUACUUCACCUGCAAGAAGCCCAGGAUACAAGACAAGAAGCUGCAAUACCUGGUCGUGGAGGAAGGGCAGACAGUGCAGCUGAUGUGCAAUGCUGAUGGGGAUCCUCAGCCCACCAUAUCCUGGGUUACCCCACGUCGGAGGCUGAUCACAACCAAGUCAAAUGGAAGAGCCACUGUGCUGGGAGAUGGCACUCUGGAGAUCCGAUUUGCUCAAGACCAGGACACUGGGAUCUAUGUUUGUAUCGCGAGUAACGCAGCUGGGAAUGACACCUAUUCGGCCUCCCUUACGGUAAAGGGGUUUACUUCAGACCGUUUCCUUUAUGCCAACAGGACCCCUAUGUAUAUGACAGACUCCAACGACACCAGUUCCAAUGGAACUAAUGCAAACACUUUCUCUCUGGACCUUAAGACAAUAUUGGUGUCCACAGCUAUGGGCUGCUUCACAUUCCUUGGAGUGGUUUUAUUUUGUUUCUUACUUCUUUUUGUGUGGAGCCGAGGGAAAGGCAAACACAAAACCAGCAUUGACCUUGAAUAUGUCCCUCGCAAAAACAAUGGUGCUGUAGUUGAAGGGGAGGUUGCUGGACCGCGAAGGUUCAAUAUGAAAAUGAUUUGAUGGUGUUCUGCUAGCAGUACUUUUUCUGUGGCAUUAUAACCAAUUAAACCAGCCUGGCAUGUGGAAUUGCUGGGUAAAAGCAGCUUAAUGCAGCUGUCACUGUAUCAAAAGGUUACAUGGAAAUCAAAAGACUAUUUGUGGUUGUACAGCAGAGCCUCCAGACCUCGAGGCAGAUAUGUCAGGGCCUUUCAUAGAACUGGUAAAUUGUACUAACUGUUUGCAUUGCAAAUAUUGGCAUUCUGGGGAUAUCAGCAAUGAACCGUUGGCUCAUGCUCAUGGACAAUUGUUCAACAUUUUCUACCACUACAAAGAGAAAAAGAAAAAGGAAAAAAAUAAGCCUACAGUGUAGGAUUUACAUACUUAAAGAAAAAGACACAUUUGUCUAAAGCAUACUCUACAGUGAAAUUUGUAUCUAUAGAUCUCAUUUGGUAAAGAGCCUUGCAUCAUACCUUCUAGUUGGUUCAACACCACAAAAAUUGGUAGUCUUUUUUUGUUGUUGUUUUUUGUUUGUUUUUUGUUUUUUAAUAUACAUCUAUACUGUGUACAUUUUAAAGCAAUACAAAUGAGAGGUUGUGCUUUUAGAUAUCCACCAAUACUGACCCAAGUGUGAUGUCACCUCCCUUUUAACUACCAUCUAACCCAAAUUAGACUUCUGUAGUUACCAAUUAGAAACAGCAUAAAAUAUUUUUCUCCUCAUGUAGAAGGCCAGAGAUGAAUAGUUGAGAGCAAAAACGCUCAACUCUAUUGAUUUUCUCUUCAUAUAAAUAUAAGGCACGUGCCUAGUUUUGAUACAGAAUGGAAUAUUUUUUAUAUCUGUGAUAUCACACUGGACCAGUUUACUGUAACAUAGCCCUGGACUGCAUCCAGGGAAGGCAACCCACCAGAUACUGCUGGCGUAGAGGAGCUGAGUUCUUUAUGAGUGAGACUUGUUUUUUGUUAGCCCUGCUUUAAUUUCAAAGCUACUGUUAAAACUGUUAAAAUGUUAAUGUAUAUGGGGCAAAACUGCAAACUCCUUGGGAAAUACGGUCAUCUUGCUAUUUGAAGGACUGAAUUAAAACAUACAAAAACGUUUCCACUGAGAAUGAACUCUUCUCCAGUGCCAGUAAACUAGGGUUGUCCAUGCAUAAUAUGGGGAUUAUCAUACAAAAAUAAUGUUUGGAACAUGAUAGCCUCAAAAAGGCUAACAUACUGCCAGAUAUAAUGAACCUCUAGCCACUGUCAUCUUCAUCUUGUAUAUUUGUAGAUAACACAUAAACACAAAGCUAAUUUCCAAGAACAGAUUACUUAGCUAUUCUUGAUGCCAUUUUAAUAACUACGUGGUUAUGUUUCUUUCAGGGGCAGUAUCUUAGAGCAAGAGGGGCAAGUUUCUCCAGGUUUUAGAAAGUGUUUUUAAUGGAGAGAAGACAGAAGUGGAACAUUAGUUCAGUACAGUUAAAUGCUUUUUGUUUUAUUGCUCUAAAUGAAUCCUCAAAAGUCUCAGAGCUAAAACUUUAUUCUUUAUUGUAGAUGCCACUGUUCUUAUUUUGAAACUCUCAGCAAUGGGAAGAUAAGGAGUUUUUCAGGAAACUCUCAAUUUUCUAGCAGUUACAAGCCAUAGGUUUGCUGCUAAGUGAUUAAUAACAAAUACAAUUGAUAAGUAAUUGGAAUAAACUGGAAUAAAGGUAACAAUGCCUGUGUAUGUGUUUAGCCAAAAAGAAUAUGAAAAUGUUGUAAAACAGAACUUUCAGAUUAAUAUGAUUUAACAGCCUAAUACCAAUCUUAAAAUUAGAUUUCAAUGCUCUGAAACCGAAGUCAGGCUGACCUACAAUGGGAUGCUGGUGUUUCUAAAAGUACUAUCCACAUUCUUUGGCAGAGAUUUUCUAAGCAGGAUAAAAAUCUUCCACUGCUAUUGAGGGAAAUGUGCCAAAGGUUGUACAUCCAGCUGUGCUCCCCAGGUGUAUCCUUAAUAUAGCAGUAGGACCCAAGGCCAAGGCAGUUUUAAGAAUCUCUAUUCGUAGUGGCUGAUCUUUGGUUGCCUUGCUGCUCCAUUUUAGGUCACCCAGCUGAGGAAGAUGCAAGAGUUGUUAGAAUUUUUUUCACCUUAGUUGCUUUGAGUUGGGUUUGGUAGCCUUCUUGUGUGUGUGUGUGUGUGUGUGUGUGUGUGUUCUGAACUAGACAGCUGAAGAUUUAUAGAGAUGCUUGAGAGUAAUCCUCUUUGUUCUAUGAAAGUUUGUUAAACAUUAUUAGACAGAAUAACCCCUGACUAAACACUAGUACCAGGGAAAUUGUUUUUACUGAUACAAUAACCACCGCACUGAAGCCCAAAACUCUACUGUACCUUAAUGUGGGCAGUUAAAGAAACAAAUGGGGAUAAAACAAAGUGUUUCUGAACUGCCCAUUAAAGACAUUUGCAUGUGCCUUUCCCUUGUAAUUGUCAUUUUUCAAUUAGUAACCUAUUACCCCUGCAGUCAUUUCAUGUUUAAUGUUAAAAUCAGUGUUAGAAGCAAAAAUUCUUCUCAAUUCUAGACAGUUGCAGCAGAUUAUUUCAUGUUAAAUGUCACAAUAAAACAAACAACAACAAAAAAAAAACUUUAAAAAAUCUAGCAAAAAUGUGCUUUUAGGAUUAAUUAUGAAUGGCUGAAUUCCCCUCUACCUUCUAGAAUGAUUCUAAAAAGUGAUUGCAUUAUUAGUGUAUUGCAAGAUUUCUGAGCAUUAACGUGCUUAGUUACCUAAGUGAAGUAUGUCCUGGUGAUGGAAAUUACUGCUUGCUCUCGCAGAGCACCACCUUGCAGAGCUGUCAGCAUUGUGUAUAUUGCCCUGAGUUCAGUCAGUAUACAGUUUUUAACAACCAGUGUUUGCUCCCAGCUUCUAGCAUUGUUCUACUUUUUGCAGCCUACUGAUUUCACCAUGCACUUGGCAAAGCAUAUGGCCCCUCCCAAAGAAAACGAGAAGAGCAGGAUUGUGAGACAGGCUUCUAUCUUGCUCCACAUAGUUGUAUAUGUAUUCCUGGGACACAGACUUGCUGUGAGGGAAUGCAGUGCCAAGGUCAGACCUGGACAACCACCCUUUUGGCAUUUUUUUUUUUUUAAUAUAUAAUAAAAGGACAGUAGCUGACUGCACACCUGCUUUGCCUCUUACUUGCUCCCAGUCACUUCUCUGUCUGUUUGAGAGAUGGAAGAAACUGCAGUUUACCUUACUGCAAGAGAGCAUCAUAUUGGAGGAAAAGAAUCAGGCUGCGAAGAGACACCUAUCACACGUGGCUCCCCUGACAUUUAUUUGGAGGUAGACAGAUAGUGCAUACCUGUCACGACAAGAAGGAGCAAAGGUGUUCUCCUUCCUUCUGUUUUGUGUGGUGGCUUUGUAGGGCCACACCUGGUCUUCCCUCGUGGUCAGCACAACAAGACUGAGCAGCAGUAGUUCUGCGGAGAGACAACAGAAGCUCUGAAACCAGCAGAGCUACUUGAGAAAGCAGCUACACCAUUAUCUCUGUCAACACACCUUGUAAGAUCUGGACUGAAGCGGGCUGAAUUGUCUACUGAUAAGUUAGGAAAUCCACUUCCACAGACCAGUGCUCCAUUCUUCUCUUUCAUAAUGGAUGGGUACUUGUCCUUUCCAAGAAUGAGUUAAAGAGGACCCUACAGGCAACGUCUUGGGAAGGAGUCUACAAUGAUAAAAGGGCAAUAAAGAAUAACCAGUGCCCUAACUUAGCUAUGUAGAGAUUUGAGGCUGGUUCUCAAUUUUUUUUUCCUUCCUUCUUUCACAUUAACUUGGGAACAUUCUUCUUAGAAAGGCUUAGCUUGAGACACCACCUCAGUUAGAUACAGAUGGGGGAGACUGCUUUUACUGUCUGUUCCACCUUCCCUCCUAUUCACACAUACUCUCACUGUCAACACCGUCAGCAGCUACAGGCACAACUGAAAUCAGCUAGGAGAUUCUUAAACCAUACAGAACUGUUGAUAUCUGAUGUCACUAAGCAACUUUUUAACUAAACACUUCUUAAUGAAGAAGAGCUCACUUGAUGCCACUGACACACUGCCAUUCGAGUUUUCCUUCAUUUUUACUUUUCCUUAUUUCUUGCAGCAUGGUAUUGCAUCACCCAUGGUGGUAACAAUGAUAUCAUCAUUAAGGAAAAUAGGAAAGCCAGACUGCACACUCAGUUCACCAAAUUUAGUCAAGGUAUACAAGACACAGUAGGAAAUCAGAAUUAAUAUAUAAUUCAAAGUCACACGUAAAUGUUGUGAUUGAAUAAGAAAGUGGUAUAGAGGAAACAUGGAAUGUAGGCCAUGUUGCACAUGAAGCACAUCAAGGAUACGUAUCAAGGAAAUCAACUUUCCUACAUGACACCUAGACAUCUGUUUUAAACAUUGGAUUUUUCCAGGGGAAAAAAAAAAACAAAAAACCUGCAAGAUGUGGGAAUGCCAGAAGCCCACAUUUAACCCACAAAAAUAUGAAGCACUGGUUGAAAACCCACAAGAACAGUAAGUUUCUGGCUGCCCAGCAGCAAGAGUACAUUAUAGCAAAGACAGGUAAGAAACUGCAGUCAGUAGUCAUUUUUGUCUCAUGUACUACAUCAUCUUGUGAAAAGGGGUUCGUUAGACAGUAAUAAAAUUGAGAAUUUUUAUUUUUUUUUAAUCAAAAACAGAAAUGUUAGGACACAAUAGUUUCACUUUCUUCUAAAGCAGUAGAACACAGCAAGAAGUGAGGAUGGGGAAGCCUAUUUUGUCUACAUUAUUUAAUCUUUUUCCUCUGAGUGAUCCGAGUUUGCACUGGGCUAGCAUGAUGACUGCUCUGCCUAUUCCCAUCCUCUUGGUUCAAAAUGUGUCUUGACAUGGAGUUAGAAGAAAAGGAGUACUGUCAAGCUGUCCCUCCUCCGCCAGCUGUAUCUCUGGUCUUCUCAAAACACACAGACCUGAAUAACAAUAGUGCUUUAAGAGUCAAACUCCACUGCAGCUGAUCUCUAGUCUUACCCUAAGAAAGACAAGGUAUGGGCUAGCACUGGAUACAUGCAUUCUGAUUCAGUUUCAGUGGCCCAAGUGGUUGCCUUCAUGCUGAAAAGAUGUAGGAAAGACCUAAGGAAAGAAGUAAAAAACAAUUUCUUACAGUAAUUUAAAUGUUAAUUAACCCUGGAGAAGUCAAAGGAACAUCUUUGGAAGAAUGAAAGGGCCUCAAUACUGGAGAAUCACUGAAACAAUGAAUGAGAUUUUUCAAGUUAGCUAAGCAGUUUGGAUACCAUGUUCCUAUCAGCUGUAAUGAGAAUUACAAACUCAGUUUCCCUUGGCAGCUUAGAAAAAUCCCAGCUAGUUGGUUUGGUGAUAAGUGCUUCUUUUGUUUUCUAGCUCUGUCCUCACCUCUUCUCAGUUGCAAAUGACAAUAAUCCCAAAUGAAGAUCUUUGGAUUCAGUUAAGUUUCACUGUAUGCUCAUGUGCUUUUUGGAAUCUAGAUCUCAAAGCACAAUCUUAAAUGCUCUUCAAACCAAAAACAAUUCUAAAAGAGGAUGAAGCUUGGAUAAGCCUCCUCCUGCAAAUGAAAUAAACAAGUGUCUGUGAGGUUCUUGCUAUUGCUACUGAGAUAGCUACAUGCCAAAAGCAAUCUGCAGGUUGAAUGAGCCUUUUCUUUUCUUUUUUUUUACUGGAAGCAGGUGGUUGAAGAUAAGGCCAGCUGGAAAUAGAAAUCUUUAUUUAUAGCCUCAGCAGAAUAAGGAAAGAGCUGGCAUAAGCAAGAAAAUUCUUGUUUCAACGUAAGGACACUUUAUCCUUCAUAUUCAAAUAGCUUGUAGAAGAGUACAAAAGAGCAGACUUUUACCUCAUAACUUCAUUAGUUUUAUUUGUUUGAACUGGCACCAAAACUGGCAUGAAACAGAAGUGCUGGAGCAAGAGACUAAAACCAGAUUCUCUACUCUAGUGAGGCAGUAUGUAUCAGGAGAAAUCCCCUCAACAUCCAUUAUGUUACUCCAUGGUUACACUAGAAAUUUGAAUAUAGAGUUAUAUUCAAUAUAGAGUUAGAGGAAUAUAGAUUUUUUUGCUCGUUGUGAAGGGGCUACAGUGGGAAAUAAGCAGAAUUUAUGUUUUAAUUAAUUCUCACCUUGUGGCAUAGCUUCUGUUCUGGAUUGCUUUAAUAUUUGUCACUGUUAAUUGAGCUGGAGAAUUAGGAAAUACAGAUUCGGGGAAGAAAAAAAGGAAAAGAAAGUCUGCCUACUUCUAUGUGUGGUAUCUGCAAGUCAGCAACACUACCUGCUUUCAUAUAAGCCAAGAACAAUGAGUUGAGAUUUCAAGGCAGCUGUGAAGGUGGUUGUCAACUUGUACACAUUAAUAAUUUUCACUUUCCAGAAAGCAAAAUGUUAUGGCUUUUUAAGUCAUUCACUUAUGUUAUUUUGAACCUUAAAAAACAACACUUGGUCCUCGUGACACUGGGCACUGUAUAAAUAGGUAGUAAAUGACAAUAGUGAUCUGGUGAGCUUACAGCCUUGUAUGGUAGGAAGAUGGUUUAUGGGCAAGUACAUACGAUAGCAAGUCUCUCAUUCGUUUGGGAGGGAAUGCCAUAGUGCAUAAAUAUUAGAAUAUCAUCACAGUUACUGAAAUCUAUUUGCAAGCACAUGUAGUUCAUAUGUAUAUGUUUGUGUGUGCAAAAAAAAAAAAAAAAAGAAAGAAAAAAAGAAAAAAAAGUUAUAUUUGUUUUGUUCUUUUUCUUACUUCAAGUAUUAAAUGUAUAUUGUUUUUAAAAGGUGAAAAGAAUAACCAGAAAAAAAAAAUGUGUUGUAAUUUAUUUUAAAAUAUAUGUUCAUGAUUAUGGAUGGGAAAUGAACUAGCGCUGCUGUUAUGAUUCAUGAAGCACAUGACAAGUCAGGUUUGUCCGUAAGUUUGCUUCAUGUUUCAGCAAAAUAUGGUUAUGAAAAAAGAAAAAAAGAAAAAAAAAAAAAAGCUUUGUUCGUCAAGACAGUUGUUCUGAAUGUCAUUUUAAAAUUUACUUUAGGGCUUAUGUCAUGAUGUGUAUCAUACUGAUCCAAAAUGAAACCCAAAUAAAUACUUCCGUGGAGUGGCAAAAUUUACUGGGGAAAGUGAAGAAAAUUUGCACUGCUUCCCUUAUUGUAGCUGGUCACCUUUUUUUCACGGGGUAGUGAAGGAAACUAAGUUGAGGGGGGCGGGGGGAAGGAAACAACAGUUUUCUCAGCACCAGUCCCAACACCUUCAGUGCCAACUCUUCACAACAGGUUAUCCACUCAGACCAACCAUUCCUGAAGUGAAAAUAUAAGCCACUGCAGUCAGGGAGAGAAGAUUCCAGCAGGCAUUUUGCAUCUCCUUUCCCUCCUCCCUUGUGGCAUGGAGCCCACAGACACAGAGAAAAAUCCAGGUCAUAUUCUGAUGCGUUUUGGCAUUUACUCUCCAUACAAAGUGUCAGACAGCCUGUUCCUUCACCAUCCUUUGCACAGCAUGUGCAGAUAAUAAGUGUGGAUACCAGUCAGCCUAAUCACACCACAUUCCAGCAUAAUGGAAAUAGAUUCCACCAGGUGUACAUCACUGUUUUUACAAAGGCUUCUGAUACUGAAUAUCUGCUUCUGAAACGUUUUCUAAGGAAAGCACUAGUAUUCAAACUACUCUGAAACUGCACCACAGCAAUUAAGUAGAGAAAGGCAGACUUCUGAGUUUGAAAGCGACUCCCAGCCCCUGAGGCUUGCCUCGACUCACCAAAUCUAUGUCAGAGAUCAACCUUGUAGGAUACAGACCAUAGCCUAAUGUUGCUACUCUCAUUCUCCCACAGCUAGGUACUUUCACAGAGAAUUUUGCUUAUGAAUCCUGGGAUGAUCUGAAAUAUUCAUAACUCAUGAACUCAUUAUCCUAUAAACCGGGAUCUUGUUCACUAGGAAGGGAAAAUAACGUUGGUUUUGCUACCUCAAAAAAAGGAAGAAGCAGGCUGAAAUCCUGCUGGAUUGCUGGGAGCAGAAACAAAUGGGCUGUAUGUCAGUUCUCCCAAGCUUCUUGAAAUCUGUUGUAUCCUUCUACACUUGCAUUUGAUACCCUCAGAAGGUUUUGACCAACUUGAACCACUGUACCUUCCUCUGCAGUAGACUAUCAAAUGCAGUAAAUCUGUGAGGAUGAUAGAUUAUGUUAAGAAUCCACUUAAUUUCUAUGUUAUCUUUUGAUCUGAACAUCUGAUUUAAAGACUGCAGCAUGCUGCAGUACUGACUUCAGCGUGACAUGAAAAAGCGGACAUCACAUCUACCACUGCAUUGAGAACACUGCAUUUGCCAGGGACAAACAGUGUUUCCUGGAAAGGUUCUUCUACACUAAGCUUCAGCCUUCUUUUAUGCAAUGCAUGGUACUUCUCUGGACUACUUGACAUUAUCUCAAGGGGUGGGAACACAGGGUGCAAUACACAGUUUCCAGUUACUGUGAAGGAAACCACUAGUCUACACCAUGAUUAACAGGUAAAGAAAAACACUGCCACACUGGGCAAUCACUGACAAAUUCAUUAAAAUCAGACCCUGUUAAGUCAGAGCCUCAACAGAAAGAUUUGUGCUCUCCAGAGCUACACUUUCCUGGACAAAAAAAAAAGAAGAAAGGAAUAUCUGUAGUUAACUCCUAACAGAUAAACAACUCUUUAGCUAUUCAAAAGCACCCAAAAUUCUCUAGAGAAUGGUCAUUUUCAUAAAUUUCUGAAAAUUUUAUACUUUUAUAGACUCACUAUAGGAGACCCAUAUUGUAACUAGUAUAGUAUCAACCAAUAUUGGACAGCAAGGUAAAGUAAUGAGAGCAGUCAUCCGAAGUAUAUUUUUAAAAAAAUGCUUAACUCUAGCAUUUUUGUACUCUGAAAGGGCAUCACACUAUCUAUCAAUUAAUAAACUCAGUACAUGAAGAUUAUGUUACUGUCACACUGGGGAAGGUGUACAAUGAUCUGCAUCACAAAACCUUCCCACAUGCAGACACAGAUGGCUGGAUACAACAAAAAAAAAAGGGCUUUAUUUAUCUCCUGUACCACCUGGACUGGGUGAGGGGAGGUUGGUAACUCAUAGUGGGAAAGCACAGGUUGGUCUGGCAAAUCAAGAAAUACUGAGUUAUUGCAAAGGACUUGGCCUUUCUGCUCAACAGACUUGGCAGUAAGGGAGAUUUAGUCUAAGCUCCUUUUUCCCCAGAUAUAGGAAAUUCCUGAGGGAAAGCCUUAUUUUGCCUCUGUUCUUGGAAGGGUAAAUUUUCAACUUUAGUAAUCAAGGGGAAAAGUAAUAGAAUAAUUAGUUGGCAAAAUACAGAAGUGGGUUGUAGAGAGAAAAAGAAAUUAAAACUAGUGUAAAAAAUUAGAUGACUUAGCACCUACUGUAGGUACCUGUGGAAUUACAUGAGUCUGCAGGAGCUGGUUUAUUAAUUAAUCCCUAGGGGAUAAAUUCAGCUAGUUAAAGCUAUAAUCACCAGCUAGAAGAUCUUACUUACCUCAUCAGUCCCUAAAGUGGAAGUUAUAUUUUUCUGAGCUAUUUUCCAAUUACUUUGCUAUUUAUAUAACUCAGAAGCACAAGUGAUGGAGAGCACACUUAUUUUAUUAGAGGAAGACAAUGAUCAUACAUUUAAUCUGCUACUUUUGCUAUGAGAGUUAUUCACUGUAUGUACAAAAACUAGUAGAUUACAUCCAUUAUGUAAAGCAUUGCAAUCACUGAAACCAAAUGACAUUUCCUCUUACAAAGAUACCAACCUGUGAUGCAUCCAUGCAGUGCAUCAGUUCUUAUGCACUGCAGGUAAUGCUUUUGGUUUUUUCUUUACAGACAAAGAGCAUACCAUGCAAUUGGGUUGGUGACACAAUACAGACCCUUACACAAGAGCCUGCACUCUAAUGGACCUUCGGAAUCUCAUUGUCUGGGCUUUAGUGAGUUUGGCAGGCCAUCACAUUUUGCUAAAGAAUAUCAGAUCAGCGUUGCCUAAUGUGGAGAAGUCACAGCUGCCGGCUAGUAACACAAGCACAAGGCUGGAACUCAACACAUCUGAAAUGUAAGCAAAACCUCUUGGCCUCUAACUCUCUGGAAAAUAUAAUAACAAUAUUCACCUUUCAAAAGGAAUAUUCUACCAUUUCUCUUCGGGAUUAUAAAGCCAAGGAGUUGUGGUUCUGUCACCCCUACAUGAGGAAUGAUAGUUUUGUAUACAGAUUGGUAUACAAUAGGCAUUGUUAUUAAAGAAAGCAAAUCUUUUUCUUCUUCUUCUUUUUUUUUUUUUUUUUUUUUUUUAAGAAGUGCAACCUUUGCUGCCCAAAACGUUCCAGAAGAUGACAGCAAUGUGGUGACAGAAAUGGCCUGCCCCGAGGUCAACAUUUUCAACAACAGUAAAAUAGAUGCUCUUGCAGAAGAGUGAAGUUAUAUGAAAGAAAACUGUCAUGAAGGAUGCACACCAACUAGACUCUUGCCUUUUUUGCAAUUCAAUGGUGUAUUGCAUAAAAGGGCCUCUUAAUGCUUCAUUUAAUUAGUGUUUUUGCAAUGCCUGAUAAACGAUUCAUCUCCUAAUGAAUCUAUGAAGAUUUUUCUCUUUGCCUUUGAUUAUAAAUGAGAGAUGCUGAAAUGAAUGCAAACUACACAUCGUCAGGUUGUCAAGUGUGUCAACUCAAGUGCUGAGCACUCAGACUACUAGUACAAAAACAUUUCCAUUUGGUCCUUAUACAAGAUUGCCAAAGUAGGUUCCAUAGUUUCUCCAAUCCCUAAUCAAAGUUUACUGAAAGAAACCUAGAAUUCCCGUAGACUCUCCAGGUCUUUAACAGAUGAAGUAAUGAGUAUCUACUUUUCAAAUUUCCAAUGCCAAUGUCCAUCAAAGGAAAUUUGAUCUGACAUUGUUUGCUUUAUUUGGCACAGUGCUGAAUUGUGUCAACUUCAUAUUUUAAUCAAGAUUGGUUUGCUCAUACAUGAUCCAAAUGCUUGGAACUGCCCUAUUCCCAGCUUCAGCUUUAGGACAGAAGCCAGAAGAAUUUGCUAUGAAUGUCACUGAAGCAAAUUUGAUAGUUAUUGACCAGAUACUGUUUCAUGUUCAGCAGUCACUUGGAACUAUUUCUGAAGUAUGGGCUUAUUUGGCACAAUUGAAAAUACCAAACUUGCCCUUGGGAAUGAGAUUAACCGGCAUACAUCCAUUUUGUCAUUCAAGACUACCAUCAACUUGAGACACUGGAAGGUGCAUGUUCAAGACAAUGAGAACUGAAGGGAGUGCUUACUGAAAGUGCAUGUCAUCUUUGAGAACCACACACAAAAAGGUAUAUAUGAGAGAUUAAUUUAAGUCUUAAUAUACUGAAUCAGAAACUCAAACCAGUGCAAAUGGAAAGAGGGAAAAACGAAAAAGCAUUUUGCUCUAAUGGGCUUUACAGAAUAAUGAAAAGUGUGAAAAGUGGAUGACAUGUGCUUGUUGAUGGGUAAAUUAUUUUCUCUGUGGAAGUGUUCCCUCCAGAUCCGGUCUUAUAAGAAGGAUUUUCCUCUCUCCUUGUUCUCAAAAAUGAAAACUACAAACCACAUAAUUUCAUUGCAACUACUUUCUUAAAAUGCAGUCUGUUCUGAACAAAAGGUUGACCCUUCCUAGAUUUUCAAAAACUAUUGUAAUUGCUUUUCAUAGAAAUUUAUUUUAAUUGUAAUGCUGUUCUGCUACAGCCCUAUUGUCUGUGUCCUUCUGAAUUGUCAGUUAAUUAAAUGAAGUAAUAAAAGCUGGAAAGCACAUUGUUGUAAUUGAUUUCUAUGUUGCAAUUGUCUUAUCAGAAACAGGGUUAUGAAUUUCAUCUGUUGAGGCACAGAAAUAAAAUACUAAACAAAAAAGAAAAAAAGAAAAAAAAUCCAUUGCUGUUUCACUUCUGUUACUUAAGGCAAAAGUUUGAGGCUGCCAUUUUACUCCCAUCUAUUUCAGAAGUAUCCUUAGCAUUCCAGUGAAUGUACUGAUUAAAAAGAAAGAAGGCUUUUCAUUCAUAUUCUAACAAGGCUGCAUAUACUGUGUAUAUAGAUCUAACAUCCUUUAAUUAGGCUACCUCUUGCCAUAUCAAUGUCUUCUCCCAUCUUUUCCCUCCACUUU